AGGUGACAGUCAGCCUCCACCAUGGUCUCCAUGGGGCUCCAGCUGAUGGGCUACGCCAUGGCCUUCCUGGGCUACAUCGGCACGCUGACGGCCACGCUGCUGCCCAGCUGGAAGACCAGCUCCUACGUUGGCUCCAGCAUCGUGACAGCUGUGAGCUUCACCAAGGGGCUGUGGAUGGAGUGUGCCACAUACAGCACAGGCAUCACCCAGUGUGACAUCUACAGCUCCCUGCUCAAUCUGCCCGCGGACAUUCAGGCGGCCCAAGCCCUGAUGGUGAGCUCCUGCGCCAUCUCCUCCCUCGCCUGCGUCUUCACCGUUGUGGGCAUGAGGUGCACCGUCUUCAGCCAAGGCUCACCAGGCAAGGACCGGGUGGCGGUGGCGGGCGGUGUGGCCUUCGUCCUCGGGGGGCUUCUCUGCUUCAUCCCACUGGUGUGGAACAUCCAUGUGGUGCUGCGGGAUUUCCACAACCCUGUCCUCCCCGACAGCAUGAAGUUCGAGCUCGGGGAAGCGCUUUACCUGGGCAUCAUCUCCUCCCUCCUCUCCCUCAUCGGUGGCUUUAUCCUCUGCACCUCCUGCCCUGCCCAGGACUCAACCGCCAACUAUGCAAGCACCUACCAGCCCCGGCCCUCCAUCAGCCAGACGCAGAAGACCAAGAGUGAGCUCAACUCCUACAACCUGACAGGAUACGUGUAG